AUGGUGGUGAUGGUGGUGAUAGUGGUAGUGAUUCUAGUGGUGGUGGUGUUGGUAGUGAUGGUGCUGGUGCCAGUGGUGGUCCUGCUGUCCCCACGCCCGCUGAGGUGGAGCAUCUUGGGUGGGGUGAAACCGUGGGCUGGGGGUCAGAGCUCCAGGGUCCCACCCAGUGCUUUCUCCACCUGUCCAGUCCAGAGCCCGUGCAUGCUGCUGCUGAACCCUUUCUGGCAGGAGAACGUGACGGUCAGCGACUCCAGUCGACGGCUUCUCACCAUGCACGGGACCUUCGUGAUUCUGCUGCCGUUCAGCCUCAUCCUCAUGGUCUUCGGGGGCAUGAUGGGCUUUCUGAGCUUCCUCAUCAGAGCCUCGCCCCUGCUCCUGCUCGCCGGGGCCCUCUUCCUCUUUGGAGCCAUGGUGACCCUCGCUGGGAUCAGCGUCUACAUCGCAUACUCGGCCGCCGCCUUCCAGGAGGCACUGUGUCUCCUAGAGGAGAAGGCCCUCCUGGACCAGGUGGACGUCCGCUUCGGCUGGUCCCUGGCCCUGGGCUGGGUCAGCUGCAUCGCGGAGCUGCUCACCGGGGCAGCCUUCCUGGCAGCAGCUCGAGAGCUCAGCCUGAGAAGGAGGCAGGACCAGGCUGUGUGA